UUCGAAGAGGAUGUAAACCAAAAAAAAAAUUCCAAUGCAAAAUGGCUUGACUACCAUUUAACCCAUAUUUAGUUGUACAGAUCAUUUAUGUAAUGCCUAGGUCAAACAAUGGGCGUGAUAGUAGUUCUAGACGCAGUCGUUCCUCCAGAAGUAGAUCAAGAAGCCGACAUCGCGACAGAAGACAUCACUCACACAGACGAGAAAGGGGGAGACAUAAACCAAAAGAAAGAAAUUUAGGAGCAGCGUUUUGUAGCAUGAUAACAAUUGUUAUUAUGUCAACGUCUUUAGCAGAACCAAACUGGGUAUCUUUACAAGGUGGCGGAUGUGUUGUAAAUGGUGUUGGACUUGAUCAUUUAGGGGCUUUCCAGUUUUUCUAUCCAGGAAAGUUUUUAGAACAGUUUAUUCAAGGACCAAACAACAAAAAAGUUGACAUCGUUUAUAAGUUCGGACCAAAUGAUUUAGACAAAAUGGAAAACUGUGUUACAAACAAAGCUGUGAUACUGAUGAAGACAAUCAUUGCAUUUACAUUCAUAGCCAUGUGCUGUACACUUAUAGCCUUCUUAUUAGAUCUGAUUGGACCACAGCACAGAGCUUUAAAAAUAUUGAGAAGAAAUGCAAUAUUUAAUAUUGUGUCGGUUAUUUUGUGUGUGAUUAUCAAUUUGUUCUGUUACUGGUUAACUGUGGAAGUUUCUGGAUUACAACGGGUAUCAAAAUUCCAUGUCGGAAGUAAAGUAGAAGUGACCUUUGACAUUAGUUUCUAUCUGAUCACUGCUGCAGGUGCCAUGGGCGUCAUAGCAACAGCCAUGAACUGUUUGAAGAGAUUUCCAACACAUGAUCAUAUGACCGAAGCCUUAUUAGAGGAUUAUGAUGGACUAGAAGGGGCGUUUCCUGUCCCACCUCCAGAGGCACAGAGUUCACCUAUGUCUAAUAUUCCCCCACCACCAGCAUAUACACCAUGAUUUUUAUUGACUAUUUCUGUUUUUAUACACAGUAUAUCAAGUAUAUUUAGUUAAGCUUUUUUCAUGGUAUUGGCAUUCAAGAAGCUUACUAAAAUUUAGCAGAUUUUAUCAUUGUAUCCAUGAUUUCAAUGCUUGUUAUACGUUUUUUUGUAGUUAAAUGUCCAUUGUGAAUAUCAUAAAAAUUUAACAUAUGCGAAAAGUAUAUCAGUUAAAGUUUAUUCAAGAAUCAUUUGUAGUUUGCUGAAAUAUCUUUAUCAUUGUUUAAUUAUGUUGAGUUCAUGUUUAUGUCCAUGUUGAACAUCAAGGUAAUGAGAAAUAAGACAAUUUUUUUUUAUCAGGAUAUUAAGACAAAAUUAUUUUUGACAGUAACCAUGGUAACAUGAAAAGUGGAACAGUAGGAUCACCUUCAUAGUAAUUAAAUCCUUUAUACAGUCAUGAGUCAAAAUAUUAUUUAUUUGCCACUGAAGGUUAAAUUAACCAACUGUAAAAGAAUUCUUUCUUUACUAAAAAUAUACAAUUCAUUACAUUUAAGGAAUGACUAAUAUUUUUUCUGUCUAUGAAGAAAUAACAUCAAAAAUGGGGUGCACACUGAUUACGUGGGUUAUUUAAAAGUGUGCACCACCUUUUUUAGGUUAUUAUGAAUAGACAGAAAAAAUAUUACAGUCAUUCCUUAUAAUUUAAUUCUAAAUUCCCUUUUUAAUGAGUAAAUUUUGAGAAAAAAAAUGUUGUUGACGUCAUGGUCACAUGACAAAAUUAUGUCUAUGAGCUGAUAGACAAAACACUUUCAGCCAAUCAGAAGACAUGUUACAUCCAAAAUUAAAUUAUUUAUAAAUAUUGAUACUUGUUAUUGAAUUUAGAAAUUUGUAGUUAUACCAUGGCCUUCAUUUCUGUUGUCAAAUUCAAACUUGUGACAUACUUAUAAGAAACUGGAGAUAUUUUUAUUUUUAUCUGGAUUUUUUUAAACUUCAUAUAUAUUUUCAAUAGAAGUAUAAAUGUACAUAAUCAUGAUAAUGAAAUUAACCCCAGCUGCAUAUUAAUAAUUUUCAGCAAUAUUAUGACCAUUUCAAAUUGUGGGUUUUGUGCUUCAAGGCUGGAAUAAUCCCAAUUUUAUUAGUAUGAAACUUAAUAUGCUUUAACCACCAGUCAGUCGAAUUUGGCUUUACUUGAUUAAAUAUGAUUUUUAUAUAUAAGUAGUUUGGUAUAAUGAGAACUAUAUGUGUAUUUACAUUGAUAUAUAUUUUAUGAGAGAUUUUUGUAUGUUGAUACUCAUUUUUAUCUGCUGAUAAAUGAAUGGAAAAUAUUUUAACCUUUUUUACUCACAUUUCUAUGUGCAUGUGUAACAGUAAAUUCUGUCCGGUAGUAAAAGGAGAAGUCUCAGUAAGAGCUAGUUUUGGCCUAGAAUUUGAAGUACAUCUGCUGAAAGAUUUUUGACAUUUUUUAAACACUUAAGUGUCAAGAUUUGAACUGAUUUGGUCAUUAAAGACUCUCAAAUUAAAAAACAGCCCAUAUUUAUGGAACAAAAGUAUUCUACUUUCCAAUAAUUAACUAAAAGUUUACAUUUCAACAAAUUUGCAAAACUGCUAUAUUUUGGGGCCAAAAAGGGGUCUUGGCGGGCCUACUCUUUUAUCCCCCAGACUUUGUUUCCUAGGUAAUCAAGUCCAUGGCCAUAAUUUUAUUUUAAAAAAAAGUCCCAGGAUAUAUUUUCUUAGGAAAAUAAAUCCAUAGCUGGUAAAAUAUGUCUGGCACUUAUUUUCAAAUUUGUAUCAAACACUUCUGAAAAUGACUAAAUUUUAAGAUACUGUGGAUUCAUUUAUUUUCAUGGGUAUCAAUUUUCGUGGAUAGAGAAAAAAAGAUGUUUCGUGGUAUACGUAAAUUCGUGGAUCGCUGAUCACAAAAACAAAUUAAUUCAGAUUUGUAAUUCGUGGAUUUCUUUUUGAUUUAGGAGAUCAUAUAACCUCCUUAGUUUGAUCAAUAAUAAAACAAACAAAAAAAAAGGAAUUCAUUGAAAAAGUUUUGAAUUGUCAAAAUCCUCUCUUGUUCAUUCUAGGUUAAAGUGUUCAUUGAAAACUUCUAUUACAAUAAUGGACAGAGACAACUAAUUAUUUGUUUGUUUUACAAUUUAUAAAUUCUUGUCGGAAUUUUAUAAGGCAUUCAAAACUAUAUGAUUGAAAGCUCAUUUCCCUAAUCACGAUAUAAUAAACAGUCAUAUAAGUAAAAGGUGUGAAAAUAAAUGUUCCUGUCAUAAACAAUAUUACCUACGGGCAAUAUCCCCGUACUUAAUCCUAUUGAUUUUUAAUCACCAGUAAACCAAACUAUGACACGGUAAUUAACAACUUGCAGUUAUUUUCCAUGAACAGUUUUAAUUAAUUUUAAAAAGUAAAUUAUCACUGAUAUUCGAUAUAUUUAUUAUUGAUUUAAUCAAAAUACUUGUAUCUUCUUUCAAUAAAAACAAGUGUUAUGUUACAAUGUUUAUCGCUAGUCAACACUAUACUAGAACUGCAUAACAUAACCGGAAAUAAACAUCCGACUCCAUACACAUUUCUCUGGAUUAUUCUUCGUUGAAUUCUUAAAUUCGUGGUUCGCUGUGACCCACGAAACCCACGAAAAUUGGUUUACCACGAAUAAAAA